GAUUGGCUCAGAGUGGUCUUGACGACAUAUAUUAACCCAAGUCGUUCUAAAGAUGAAGCUGUGACAUGGAGAUCAAACGGAUGAAUUCUGGUUGUGUGCUCAACUGAAAGGCUGUGUAUUGCGUGCAGUGCAUACUAUAGCAAGCUGGGAUCUAGAAUUUUUUUUGUUAUCUGACGCCCUAUUCAAUGAAUUUGGUCUGGAAUCCAUAAAGAGUUUGGAGGGGAAAAGCUCGACCCGAAGUGCUUGAGGACGCAGUUCAUCAGGCGAAACAUGCACUGUCUGUCUCCGUAAUGGAAAAGAAGGAACUUUCUCACGUUGGGAAUGGACAAAUAGAGAAAUACGUGUAAGUAGCUGACAACAUUCUUCUAUAUUCCACACCAUAGACCAGCAAAACAGAAAAAAAUAACGUCUAAAAACUCAUUCAUUGCUGAAGUUUCGUUUAGGUGUCUAUAUUGGACAAAUAUAAAUAGCAGUGCUUUUCAAAUGACCAACUGAACCAAGUUACUUUUUAUGAGAAUAGCCUAUUUCCCUAAAAUAUUUUGGAGAACCUGACAUUAAUCGGAGAGCGCGAACGCGUAUUCGUUUCGUGGUUCGUUAGUAGCACCGUUUUUGGUCUACUGCUGUGUCGCCAUGAGUUUAGUUGGUGGAUUCCCUCACCAUCCGGUGAUGCAUCAUGACGGCUACUCCUUUGCGGCAGCAGCAGCUGCAAGCCGCUGCCACGAAGAGAACCCCUACUUCCACGGUUGGCUGAUAAGCCAUCCGGAGAUGUCUCCCCCAGACUACAGUAUGGCACCCUCGUACAGCCCCGACUACUCCACCGGGGGCCCGGCGUUAGACCACGCACACUACGGAGGUGGUAUCCCCGGGGCUGGCGUCGCUGGGAUCGGGAUGGGACCUCGGCCGGUGAAACGGAGACCUACGGCAAACCGAAAGGAGAGGCGCAGGACUCAGAGCAUCAACAGCGCCUUCUCGGAGCUCAGGGAUUGCAUUCCUAAUGUUCCUGCGGAUACUAAACUGUCCAAAAUAAAGACCCUCCGGUUGGCUACCAGUUAUAUCGCCUACCUCAUGGACAUUCUGGACAAGGACGAGCAGAACGGCGACGCAGAGGCCUUCAAAGCGGACUUCAAAAAGACCGAAGCAAAGGAGGAGAGGAGAAAGAAAGAAGUGAAUGACGUUUUGAAAAAUACAGCGAGCAGCAAUGACAAGAAAACCAAAGGAAGGACUGGUUGGCCGCAGCAUGUCUGGGCUUUGGAACUCAAACAGUGAAUAUCCUUCUUCUCCUCUCAAAAAAAGACUUGAAAUGAUGAAAAAGUCUUCUUCAUGACUUGUAUUUGUACUCUCACGUUAUUUAAUGGAAUAUUUAUGUGCAAUUGCCGCUACGGAGAGUGGAUAUUUGAAGAAAAAAAAUCAUUCCAUUUUUAAGAGGAGGAGAUACAACACCCUUUGGUAAGGGACUUUGUCAUUGUCUGAUGUUGUUGGUUGGAUGUUUGUUGUUGUCCCAAGAGUAAACCAAACAGAAAUAUUGGACACUAUGGUGUAUGUGAAGUCAUUCUCAAUCUAUCCCUAUCUCUCUUUCUAUCUCCAUCUCUCUUUGGAUAUAAAUACCAAUGGUGUUUGGCUGAUGUCGUGGAUGCAGUUCAAGCAAAUGUUUUAUUUGAAGAAAAAAAAGCAAUGAAGUGUUAUGUUGUCAUUUUUGUGGUCGUAUUCAGUAUUUGAUAGUGUUUUGAACAACUGUUUAGUCCACUCAAUUGCACUUCCGUCCAGAGACGUGGAAUUUAAAUCAUAUUUGAGAUGUAAACAAUGUAAUUAAUUCAAUAAACCACUGUUUUUUUUAAAACAAAGUCAA